CGCCACUACAAAACUUUGUAAGUGUCCCAGUCAACGAAGCUACCAAAAAAAACAUCAUCGACUAUAAAAUAAGCUGGUACACUUCAUUAUAUUUGCCACCUGGUUUUGGGGAAAACCACUAACAUUAUUAACACAUCCAUUCAGUUUCAGCAUUUCUAUGGCAGAGCAAAAUCUAAGGUAUGCUGUUGUAACUGGAGCAAAUAAAGGGAUAGGGUUUGAGACUGUUAAACAGUUGGCCUCAAAUGGAGUGAAGGUGGUGCUCACUGCCAGAGAUGAGAACAGAGGCCAAGAAGCCAUUGGGAAAUUGAAAGAUUAUGGUCUCUCUGAUUUGGUGACUUUUCACCAGCUCGAUGUCACUCACUCUGCUAGUAUUCGUUCUCUAGUAGAAUUUGUUAAGACACAGUUUGGGAAACUUGAUAUUUUGGUGAACAAUGCAGGAAUAAAUGGUGUCAAUCUGGAUGAAGUGGAGGAGGGAUCAGCAUUUAACUGGGGGGAACUCACUCAAACUUAUGAGAUGGUUGAAAAGUGCCUAACAACAAACUACUAUGGUGCAAAGCAAGUAACUGAGGCAUUUCUUCCCCUUCUGCAAUUAUCCAACUCUCCAAGGAUUGUGAAUGUUUCCUCCCAAUCGGGAUUGUUAAAGAACAUAGCAAACGAAUGGGCUAAAGGGGUGCUUAAUGAUGCUGAAAAUCUUACAGAAGAGAAAAUAGACGAGGUGCUCAGAGAGUUUAUCAAAGACUUCAAAGAAGAUUCCUUAGAAACUAAAGGCUGGCCAACCUUGGUAUCUGCCUAUAUUGUCUCAAAAGCAGCCAUGAAUUCAUACACAAGGAUUCUAGCAAAGAAGCAUCAAAACAUGAUUAUUAACAGUCUGUGCCCGGGUUUUGUGAAAACAGACAUCAACAAAAACUCUGGCAUCUUAUCAGUUGAUGAAGGUGCUGCUAGUGUUGUGAGAUUGGCACUUUUUCCUGAUGGUUCCCCUUCUGGCCUUUUCUAUGUUAGGCAAGAAUUGUCCAACUUUUAAAUUUGCAUUCAUGCAGUUACAAUAAUACAAUGCAAUUGAAUAAAGGGCCUCUUGCU